UUGGCUGUUAAUUUAUUCGAAUACUUCAAAAAUACUUCAAAUAUCUACUUCGAAAAUGGAUCAACUACAAGAGGAUAUUUCAAGUGUAGACCCUCAAGAUUAUCAACUUUUAGAGAGUAUUAAAAAAUCAAAUACAAUUUUAUAUCUACCUUCUGGAAGUGGAAAAACUUUUAUAAUUACAUCGCUUAUUAAACACUGUGGAGACUGUUUAACUAAACAAAAAGGCAAAGGAAGAAAAUGGACAUUUUUUAUUGUCCAAUCUGUACCUCUUAUUAAUCAACAAGCAGAUAAAUUAAGAAGUCUUUUGCCGUGGAAUAUAGGUACUAUUGGUGAUGACAUGAUUACUAACAAUUCAAAAAGUUGGAAUUUAAUAUUGAAAAAGUGUCACAUUCUAGUCAUAACCGCUCAAGUUUAUUUGAAUAAUCUGAAUCGUGGUUACAUGAAUAUAAAUGAUGCUAAUCUUCUUAUUUUUGAUGAAUGUCAUCAUGCUGUAGAAUUACAUCCAUUUAAACAAAUAAUGCAAGUAUAUGAUAAUACUAAUUUAAUAAGUGAUGAACGUCCUCAUAUUCUUGGAAUCACUGCUACUUUGAUUAAUGAAAAUACCACAAAUGUCAAGGAUGAACUUAUGAAUUUGCAAAAAACUUUCAAUAGUCAAAUUGUAUCUAAGCUCAAUGAAAAUAUUCAAGUUUUUUCAGCACGUCCAAAAGAACAAAUAAGUUUAUAUGACGAGUUCAUUUUGGAUGAUGAACUUAAAACUGUUAUUAUUCGUAUAUCAAAAAUUAUUAAAUAUUUAAAAUGUUUCCAGUCAAAUUUUAAAUCUGAAAGGUUUGAAGUAAUUGAUGAAGUAUAUUUCUUAGAACAUCAAAAACAAUCUAAGACUUUAUUUAAUUAUUUUAAUGAUAUAGAGGCGAAUCUCAUUGAUGGUGGUCCAUACAUUGCAUAUGUGGCCACUUGGCAUUUUUUGGUUGAAGUUGAAAAAAAAAAGAAAACAUGUAUUGAUGACAAUAAAUGUUUGAUUUUAUCAUUGAUAUUGUCAGAAAUAACUAUAAUUAGAAAAAUGUUGUUUGAUUACAUGAAUAAACACGCAUCUAUUCACAAAAAUCAUUCAAUUACAUUAAACAAUGUGUCUCCAAAAGUGAAGCAGUUAAUGCAACAUCUAUUAACUUUGAAAACCACUGAUGCUUGUUUAAUAUUUGUUGAACGUCGAACAACUGCUAAGUAUUUAUACCAUUAUAUCAAAGACUACACUGAAGAAUAUAUGCUAAGCAAUAUUAAAUGUGAAUUUAUGAUUGGGGAAAAAGAAAUAGUUAAUACUAAUUGCAAUGAACUGAUAUAUAGAAAUCGACAAAAUAUUGAAAUCAUUAAGAAGUUUAACAACAACAUUAUUAAUAUUCUUAUUUCAUCAGAAAAAUUAGAAGGCAUUGAUAUUCAAAUUUGUAAGCUUGUCAUUAGAUUUGAUUCUCCAAAAAAUUUUCCUUCUUAUAUACGAUCUAAAGAAAGAGCACGUUCUUCUGAGAGUAAAUUCAUUAUUAUGGUACCAAACCAGUUGAAUUUUCAAAAUACUCAAUCUGAAUACAUUAAAAUGGAAGAAGAAUUUACAAAAAUUUUAGUAGAAAAUUAUAUUGAUGAAGAAAAUAUUGAUGAAAAUAUAACAACAACGUUUAAGACUAAACACGCUAUAUUAACUUAUAAAAAUGCUAUGAAUAUUAUUUCAAGGUACUGUUUAUCUUUACCUCAAGAUCGGUUCUCGAAUUUACAUCCGGAAUGGUAUAUGACUGAAAGUGUUAGUAAUUUAAAAAAAUACAAACUAAUACUGCCAAUUAAUAGUGUUAUUAAAACUCCGAUAAAUGGAGCAUUUUUUAAUAGUAAAAAAAAUGCUAAAAGAAGUGCAGCAUAUAACGCUUCUAUUGAAUUGUACAUGGUUGGAGCAUUAGAUGAAUAUCUUAUGCCCGUGGAUAUUAAAAAUAAUGCUACAUUUAAAAAUUUAAAAUGGUUUCCACAUUGGGAUGAGAACGAUAUUGAAGCAAGUAAAUGCAAUCUUAAAGCAGGAUCUUGUAAAAUGAAGAGGAUGGUGCAUAUUAAAAAUACAGCAUACUUACAUGAAUCAUAUCCAAUAGAAAAUAGUCCAUCAUAUUUACAUGUUGUGCACUGUACUCCUGAUUAUGUACAAGUGAAAGGUGAUAAUUUCAAAGUAUUUGAUAAAUUAAUAAAGUUAAAUAAAGAGUAUGGAAUUUUAACAUCAAACAAAUUGCCACAAUUAUCAAAUUUUCCCAUAUUUUUACUUUUUGGUAAUGUUAAUAUAAACAUAAAAGUAAAUGUUGAAAUUCUUCAUCUGACAAGUGAAGAUCUUAAAAAACUGACCAAUUUCCAUAACAAAUUAUUUGUGGAUGUAUUGGGCGUAAAGAGUUGUUUUGCAAGAAACUACGAUAAUCAAGAGAAUUCAUACUUAGUAGUACCAAUAAUUUCUACAGAUAAUAUUCACAAACUGGAUUGGGACGUAAUCAAUUUAGACAAACUUGUAGAAACAGAAGAUCCUACAAUAGAACAGAGAAAAGCUAAAUUUUAUAAAGAAGACCUCAAUAUGUAUAGCGUAGUUUCACCGUGGUACAGAAGCAUAAUACCUGUAGAGAAAUAUGUCAUCAUUGACAUUCACUCGGACAUGACACCUGAAAGUCCUUUUCCGUCUUCUGAGUAUGAUACUUAUGCACAUUAUUUUAAUGACAAGUAUAAUAUAAAUGUUACCCACAAUGAUCAACCUUUGAUAACAGUAAAAUCAUUGAGUGUGUCAAAAACCAAUUAUUUAAUUCCCAGAACUUUUACUCAACAAAAUAAUAAACGAAAUGAAUGCAUUGAAGAACUUAUACCAGAAUUUUGUACUUGGCAUAAAUUUCCAUCAGUUUAUUGGUUUAAAGGUUUAAUGCUGCCAACUAUAUUAUAUCGAUUAGAAAAACUAUUACUGGCAGAAGAACUUUUUUUAAAAAUUAAUUCUAUUUGUAACAUUGAGGUAGAAGACAAUGAAUCAUACGAUAAACUGAGCAUUGAUAAUUUUUGUGGUUUUAAUGAAAAAAAAAAAAAAAAUACUAUAAUGGCAUUUAGUGAAACAUUGAGAUACGCUCGAGAAAAUAAUAUGAUUGAUGGAUGGGAUUCAAACAAUUUACCUAUUGAUAUUGAUAGGCAAAAAAAUACAACAAUUUUGGAUGUUCUAAAUUAUUUUUCGUUUAUGCACAAUAAUAAACCUGAGAAUACUGAUAAUGUUACUAAUCAACAAUCAAAUUCUUCCAGUUUAGACAAGGUGGAAACAGACGAUUUACUAAAAAAUGUGUUGACCGAGAUGAACCCUUUAAUUUUAACAAACAACUCUCCACCUGUAUUGAGUACGCUGUUUAAAGGAGCAUCAAAACAAAAUAUUGGGAUUAAACAGAGUGAUAUUUUAAAAGUUUUAACACUUCCAUCUUCUAAUGACAUGUUUAAUUAUGAGCGCAUGGAAACAUAUGGAGAUAGCUUCCUCAAAUUUGCUGUAUCAUUAGUAUUUUAUGAUGCGUUUCCAUCAGAUAAUGAAGGAGUUCUUACUAGCUUAACUAUGAAAUUGGUUGGGAAUCGAAAUUUGUUUUAUGUUGGCAGGAAUUUGAAUCUUGAAUCUUAUUUAAUGUUAAAUGUUUUUGACUUGAAUUUGGAUUGGAUUCCUCCGUGCUUUGGAGUUCCUAAACAAAUUAUGAAAAUCAUUAAGGAGAAAAAUUGCUCAUCUGAAAUAAUUCAUCAGAUAAUCAUUCCUAAAGAUGAUCAAAUGAUCGGAUUAAUAUCAGAUGAAACUUUGACCAAAAUUGAAAAUGAAAUUUCGUUGUUCAACCAAAUUUCAGCAUUUAGUAUUUCUGAUAAAGAUGACUCACAACUCGUGGAUCGCUUAUUAUCUGAUAUAUUUUUACACAAUCAAUCGGUUUCAGAUAAAAUGGUUGCCGAUUGUGUAGAAUCAUUGAUUGGUACAUAUGUAAAUAAAUUAGGAGUUGAAGUAGGCUUCAAAGUUCUCCAUGGUUUGGGUAUUAUACCUAAACAAUUCAUUGAUGCAUUCAAUCCUAAACCAAUCGAAAACAUAUACAAAGAUUUAAAUUUUGCAAAUAUUUUACCUGGAUAUGAACUACUCGAAGAAAGAAUUGGUUACUCAUUUAAAAAUAAACAUCUAUUAGCGCAAGCUCUAACCCAUCCAACCUACCAUUUCGGGUCUAUUGACUGUUAUCAAAGACUUGAAUUUCUUGGAGAUGCUUUACUUGAUUUCUUGAUUACAACUUAUAUUAUUGAACAUUGUCAUCAGAAAACUCCUGGUGAAAUAACAGAUAUCAGAUCUUCACUAGUAAACAACUUAACAUUUUCUUCAUUGAGCAUAAGAAUUGGACUACAUAGAUUUAUCUUAGCUAAAUCUCCAGAUAUGAGUGAAGCAAUAGAUCGUUUUUAUAAACAUCAACAAAAAAAUAAUCAUAAAAUUGGCCAUGAUGUUUUGUAUUUAAUAGAAGAAGAUGAUUGUUAUGCAGCUGAAUCUAUUGAUGUACCCAAAGCAUUGGGAGACUUGUUUGAAGCAUUAAUUGGUGCAAUUUAUCUGGAUUGUAAUAGAGAUUUAAAUUUUGUAUGGACUAUUUGCUAUAGAUUUUUGGAAAAUGAAAUCAAAGAAUUUUGUACAAAUAUUCCGAAAAAUCCUAUACGUAUUUUAUUUGAAACUAAAUUAUCACCAAGAUUCAGUGAACCUGAUGCUGCUGACCUAUCAUUGAAUAAAGGCUUAGGAAUUAUGAUAAAGUUACAGAUAACUGUAAACCAAAAAGUUAUGAAUAUAUAUGGAUUUGGUCAGAGUAAAAAAAAAGCCAAGAUUGCUGCUGCCAAAAUGGCUUUAAAGAAUAUGAAAAAAAUUUUGUAA